CGCUCGGUUUCCCAAGUUUCGCAUCGACGUUGGCCUCUCGCAUGUCUUCAUCACCAUUUCAUUUCAACCCACACACCAGCAACAAGUGCGAUGGUCACUCUCCUAGGCCCACCUGAAAUCUACAAUCCUAAACCAAAAUCCUUCCUAACCCCAACCUCCACCGCCACCACCACAACCCCAAUCGAACCCUCUGAUCCCUUCAUUGACGUAAUGGUUUCAAAAUUCAACACCAGAACCACCAUCCAACCAAAACCACCAAUGGGAUUCACCGAAAACAACUCCGCAACCUUCUUGUCAUCCGGCAACCCAUGCCUCGACUUCUUCUUCCACGUCGUCCCCGACACUCCCCCGGACUCCGUCAGAGAGAGGCUCCACGUGGCAUGGGCCCACAACCCCCUCACCACACUCAAACUAAUCUGUAACCUCCGAGGCGUCCGUGGCACCGGCAAGUCCGAUCGCGAUGGCUUCUACGCCGCUGCCACGUGGCUAUUCUCUAACCACCCUAAGACACUCGCAGCCAACGUCCCCUCCCUCGCCGAUUUUGGAUAUUUCAAAGACCUCCCUGAGAUACUCUACAGGCUUCUAGAAGGUUCCGAUGUGCGCAGUCAUCAGAAGCAGCGGUGGCUUAGCGUUAAACGAUCCAGCAAGAGGAACAGGCUAAAGAGGAGGCCAUUCAAAUCAAAGCCCUUACAGAAGGUUUCGGAUCCUGUGGCGGAGAAAGAGAAGGCCCAUGCUUUGAGGGAAGAGAGGAAACUCGCCAUGGCCAAGAAACUCCUCGAUCGUUACAACAGCGAUGAGAAUUUUCGGCUCCUCCACGAUAGCGUCUCGGAUCACUUCGCCGAUUGUUUGGAAAAUGAUCUCCAGAAUCUGAAUUCCGGUGCGUUGACCAAGAUCAGUCUUGCAGCAAAGUGGUGCCCUUCGGUUGAUUCUUCUUUUGACCGAUCAACGUUGUUGUGCGAGACUAUUGCCACGAGGAUCUUCCCUCGCAACGGUAACCCUGAAUAUGAAGGAAUCGAGGAGGCGCAUUAUGUUUACAGGGUCCGCGAUCGGUUGAGGAAAGACGUUCUUGUCCCUCUGAGGAAGGUUCUAGAACUUCCCGAGGUUUUCAUGGGUGCGAACCGUUGGGAUUCAAUCCCGUACAACAGAGUCGCCUCCGUGGCCAUGAAGUUAUAUAAGGAGAAGUUCUUAAAGCAUGACAAAGAAAGGUUUGAGAAGUACCUCGAGGACGUGAAGUCAGGGAAGACUACCAUUGCAGCCGGCGCUUUACUUCCUCACGAGAUUAUUAGGUCUUUGGGGGACGGAGAUGGCGGUGAGGUGGCAGAGCUACAGUGGAGCAGAAUGGUGAGUGACAUGCUCAGUAAAGGUAAGAUGAAGAACUGUUUGGCUGUGUGUGAUGUUUCUGGGAGCAUGGAUGGGGUCCCCAUGGAGGUUUCUGUGGCAUUGGGACUAUUGGUGUCUGAAUUGAAUGAGGAACCAUGGAAGGGAAAGGUUAUCACAUUCAGCGAGGAACCUAAGCUUCAUUUGAUUGAAGGCGAAGAUCUUCGUUCCAAGGCUGAGUUUAUUAAGGAGAUGGAGUGGGGAGGAAACACAGAUUUUCAGGCUGUAUUUGAUCGCAUUUUAGAGGUGGCUGUGAAUGGAAAAUUGAAAGCAGAUCAGAUGAUUAAGAGGGUAUUUGUGUUCAGUGACAUGGAGUUCGAUCAAGCAUCCGCAAACCCUUGGGAGACUGACUACCAAGCAAUUAUUAGAAAAUAUAGUGAGAAAGGUUAUGGCUCUGCCGUUCCUCAGAUUGUUUUCUGGAAUCUAAGGGAUUCGAGGGCCACUCCGGUGCCAUCCACCCAGCAAGGAGUGGCGCUCGUGAGUGGGUUCUCUAAGAAUCUGUUGAGCUUGUUCAUGGACAAUGAUGGCGAAAUAAGUCCUGAAGCUUCCAUGGAAACUGCAAUUGCUGGCCCGGAGUAUCAGAAACUUGUUGUGCUAGAUUAAUUUCGUACCUUAAAUAGAGUUUUCUUGAUAAUUGCAGAUGAGCAGUUGAAUUAAAUAAAAUGAAUUAUCCUUAA